GUGAGGUUUGAAAUCUGCAAAUCAUGUUGGUUUGCAACCCAUCAAUAUCAUUAGCGAUCAAUGGUCAUACCUAUUUCUGAUUCUGGAGAGUUCUUGAAUUUUGUGGUAUUUUUUUCGUAUUUAAUAGAUUGGUUUGUAUUUUGAAAUUUUUAGUUUUUUGAGUGGAACUUAAUUGUGAACACAAGUGCUGUAGUUCUGGUUCAGCUGGACUUCUUUAUCUCAUUUAAUUUUUAAUUUUCAGCUUUGAUUGUAAGCGGACGUCUGACACGAUUAAUAUUUCGGUUCAGCCCUCAUAGAUUUUUCGCUGCUGACCUUCACAGACACUUUUUUUCCUGUACUUCGAGAACGGUUUCACGAUAGUAACAGGACGACAGGAACCAGACGUGGACUUGAUCGAAAUACUCUGAGCUGCCAAAAUGAAGUUGACUUUUACGACGCUGGACGGUGGUUUUGUCUCCUUGGAUUUGGCUGAUGACAUGGAACUGGAAAAUGUAAAAGCUCUGUGCGAAAUGGAUCUGGGUGUUCCGGCUGGCAAAAUGGUCCUUUCGGCCAAUGGGCGCGAUUUGACGGACAACAGCAAAACAUUGCAGUCCUGUGGUUUGAAGGAUGGCGAUAUGGUUUUGGUGAAGAUGAUGGGUGCAGUUGCGUCCACGUCCCGUACUGGGGCUUCCACGGGGACUCCACCUACAAAAAUCCCUAAAAUCGAUUUCAGUAGCAUCCAGGUACCGCAGCUGUCCAGAGGUACAUCUGCUGGAACAUCGUCCGCGGCUUCUGCAAAUUCUUCCGGAUUUUCUCCUGCGGAACUGAUGCAAGCCAGACUAAUUGGGGAACAGCUGAAGAAAAGCAUGGAGGGUGAUCCUACAGAGCUGGAACGUCAAAUGGCAAAAUUCCCCGGACUUGUAGAUGCAGCGCUGAAAAGUGAUUAUGCUGCCAUUGCUCAGUUUAUUCGGCAGGAAGAGGCGGAAGCACUGAGGAAACGACAGCUUUUGAUAACAAACCCCGACAGUCAUGAAGCGCAGGAGAUGAUUCAGGAUUUGAUUCGCCGCGAACGCAUUCAGGAAAAUUUCGAAUACGCCCUGGAACAUGCACCAGAAAAUUUGGCCACUGUCCACAUGCUGUACGUCAACUGCUCUGUGAAUGGUGUUAAAAUGAAAGCCUUCGUCGAUUCUGGGGCACAGAUUAGCAUCAUCAGCCGUGAAUUUGCUGAACGCUGCCAUAUUGCCCAUUUGAUUGAUGACCGCUUCCAAGGGAUGGCUGUCGGUGUUGGAACUCAGCGUUUUGUUGGGAAAAUCCAUGCCUGCCAGAUGGAAUUCGGUGGGGCAUUCCUCACGACAAGUUUUUCAGUGUUGGAUGGCAAUAAUAUGCAGAUACUUCUCGGACUGGAUAUGAUGAAACGCCAUCAGAUGAUUAUCGAUCUAAAGCGCAACGUUCUGGUCAUCGGGACGACCGGUGCUGAGACAGCGUUCUUGCACGAAUCCGAAAUCCCGCAAAACAACGCCGGACAGCCACAAUUUGUUCCAAAUGAGUCAGACAUUCAAGCACUUAUCGGAAUGGGAUUCUCAAGGGAAGCCGCCAGGGAAUCGCUCGUAAAGCACGAGGGAAACAAAGAUGCCGCUGUUGCAGAUUUGCUGCAUAAACAGGCCGAUAAAGCCACCAGUGCCAAACCCAAAUAAUUUCGAUAUAUUCGUCUCAUUAAUUCUUUAACGGUUUGUACAGACUGAUCGACGCUCAGAGUUGUUCCGUCCGUCUUUUGCGGGCAUUUUUAUCACUUUUUAUUGAUGAUCGUAUCGAGAAAUGGAUACGGAGUAUGUAUCGAAAUGGAAUUUCUUUUAGUUAAAAAAUUUGCCAUCAAAGUGUUUUGCCUUCAGUGCUAAUUUACGUUUUCGAAUGGGCCAUUUGAAGGAAGAAAUUCGCUGUCCUUUUCG